GGCUAGUAUAUUCGGCAUUGCAACUUUAGUCGCUGUUCAUUUCCUAACGGUAACGGGUUUGCUGCGCGCUGUUGAAGCGUGUCCAAAACCUGCGUCGCCGUCGCUGUCGCUUUGUGCUACACAAACAAUAAUAAUAAAAAAAAAAGCGCUAGACGAAAUAAUAAUAGAUGCUAAUUGGCUGCCAUUGUUAUUGUUGCUACUGCUGUUGUCGGUCAUUUAAAUGUUUGCUUAUAAAUACGAAAUAAAGCUUAAAAGUUAAGCAUUUACAAAUAUAGCAAAUACGCCGAGUGUAAUAAAAUAAAAUAAAUAUAAAAAUCUACAGCAGAAAUCCUUAGUACAUACACACACACAUCGGAACGUAUCGUGUAUUGUGUUUGUGUAUGUGUGUGUGUGUAUUGAAAUGCUUCAGUGCAGCAAGUUUUAACGCAUGCGCUGACGUUGACGCUGACGCCGACGUCGCUGUCAAGUUUUGCAUUAAUUGUUUUUCGUUGAGCCAAAAAGCAUUUGAAAUUACAACAAACACUGCGAACUGAGACGCUGGCGUUAGACUUGCAAUGUAGAUCGUUCCGAGGAGCAACCACUGUAAGCUAGCGACAUGGUGGAAUCGUCGAGUUUGGGGCGUGCCCCGCCAGCGGCACAGCAGCCCAUUCCGCAGCAGCAUUCGCCGUCGCCGUCGGGAAUGCGUUGUGGCAAUUUGGAGACGCGGGUGCGCGGCUCCUGGUAUCGAGUGAUGGUGACGCUCGAGACGGACUUUCUGGCGAUCAGUCUGGACGAGUCCUGUGAGACGUCACAGCAUUCCAGCGAUGGGCAAUCCACAACCCUUAACGGCACACUGGGAAGCAAUCACAGUGGCGGAGGUGGUGGUGCUGGUCAGAAUGGUACGUUGCCCAGUUCUGCCUCGUUGCAGGGCAUGGCCGUUCAGGACACGGAAGUGGAUGGCACGGGAACGGGCGGAACGGUAACGGGAACGGGAACGGGUACGGUUACGGGUACCAACGACAAUGGCGAUCUUUGCCUGAAUAACAAUAACAAUGCGGAUGGCGUUGGACUGGACAUGUGCGAUGUACCUGAUCAUGUGGCCAAUCAGAAGCGACACGUUCGCAUCAUCAAGUCGGACAACAACGGCCUGGGCAUCUCCAUAAAGGGAGGACGCGAGAAUCGCAUGCCCAUACUCAUCUCAAAGAUAUUUCGGGGCAUGGCCGCCGAUCAGGCCAAAGGACUCUACGUCGGCGAUGCCAUUCUAACGGUCAACGGCGAGGAGCUACGCGAUGCCACCCACGAUGAGGCAGUCCGUGCUCUGAAGCGUGCAGGACGUGUGGUCGAUUUGGAAGUUAAAUUCCUGCGCGAAGUAACGCCCUAUUUUCGCAAGGCAAGCAUCAUUUCGGAGGUGGGAUGGGAACUGCAACGGGCAUUCCUUUGCCCGCUGGGUCCGGGCGUACCAACAUCUCCGCCAGCACCGACGCCCAAGACAACGCCGCGUGCAGAUACGCGCUACAUUCCGUUGCAGCUGACGCAUCUGGCCCGCAAUCUCAAGUACAUCGAUCCGGAGAAUCGUUGCCUCGAGCUGCACUCGCCGGAUGGCGUGCACUCGUGCAUUCUCCGUGCGGCCGAUUCCGCGGAAGCUCUCGUCUGGUUCAAUGCGCUCCACUCGGCCAUGGGCAGCAGCACGCAGCGCGCCUUGGUCGAGGCUAAUCGUGCGUUGGUGAAUCUCAUCGGUGAGCUUAAGCACAUCGGUUGGCUGAGCAAGCGUCUUAAUGGAGGUGGAGGUGGAGGAGGAGGAGGCGGUGGCGGUGGCGGCAGCUCUGGCAGUGCCGGGGGUGGAGGUGGCAGUGGUGCUGCCAGCGGUGGCAGUGGCACAUCGAACAGCGGAGGCGUCGCCGGUGAGGUGCCAAGCGGUCGAUCCAGCUCAGAAAGUUCUGAUGAGAGCGACAAAUGGUUGCCCAUAUUUGUAGCAGUCACCGAGCGGGAGUUUCGAAUAUACGAGAGUGCACCCUGGUCUGUGGAGGCAUGGAGUCGUCCCUUGGAGAGCUAUGCACUGGCCACCACACGCUUGGCGGGUGCAGGCAACAAUUCCUCACUCAAUGGUCAGCAAACAACAGUGUUCUGUGUGCGAUGUGGCACGGCCAGGGGUGUUCUGGUUUAUUGGCUACGAUCGGAGACGCACCGGGAUAUGGCUGCGUGGGCGCGUGCUUUGGUCCAAGGCUCCCAUCAGGCGGUCAAUUUGCAGCGAGAAUUCUCGUUUCGUUGCCUGUACCAGGGCAGGCAGUGUCAAUUGGUUGUGCACAUAAAUCGCGGAUUUUUCUUAUACGACUGCGGUGGUUUCGCCUCAUCCACGCCCACUGCGGCGGUGGCCAACAAAACCCAACUUUGGCAAUUUGCCUUUGAUAAAUUAAAGGGCUCUGCGGACGAUGGAGCUCGCAUGUUGUAUUUGGAUUUCGGCGAUGAUGGCGAAAUUGAACUGGACAUGGAGUGCUGUCCAAAGCCAGUUGUAUUUGUGGUACACAAUUGUCUCUCGGCCAAGGUUCAUAAUAUUGCCUAGGCUUACAAGGACGUAAUCCUCUAAAGCGUUAUGCAGAUAUAACAUUUUAUUUUUGUUACAAAAGCUAUGUUAUUUUUUUUUUUAUUAUUUACAUAUUUGUUUAUAUAUUGUGAAGGUUUUACAAUUAAUUUAAAUUACUCAAAAAUUAUUUCGUUAUACAUAUUAGAAAAGUUUCUUGUUAAUUAAU